GACGCUACUAUCCCCUGCACUCUCCUCGCCCCCAAAUAUGGCCCUAUGCAGCCCGAACAUCUCUCUCUCCAUCUCAUCCCCAAUAAACUUGAGCGGGUCCGCCUCCUCCCCACCAUCACCCGCACCCGUAAACGAUCCAAAUGACCCACCAUCAUCAUCACCAUCCUCACCACCCCCAUACCCAUCCCCGUCCCCAAUCUCAUCAUCCGCAGCCCAAUCAUUAGCCUCCAAUGCCUCCCUAACUCUCUCCAUGCCAGCGCUCUCCCCAAACUCAUUCCUAGCCUUGACCUCAAAGUCCACAAACUCGAACCCGCACUCCCUACACAUCUCCUCCCAAACCUCCACCUCCAGCUCCAAUCUCGGUUGCAGACUCUGCGGCAUGCCAACCGCAAGACACACGCCGUCCCAAGCGUACCCGCACCCCUUCACGAUCCCCUGGACGGCGCGUAGGACCUCGCGGAUGCGUGCGAGGUCCCCCUCCGACGAGGGCUUGCGGAAGGUUAGUAUGAAUGCGCCGAGGGCAUGCAGCACCUCACGCGCCUCCGCGGAGAGGUAGGUGGUUGACCAGGUGUUUGGGGAGGUGCCCGGGAUCUCGUCAACCCAGAUUGGCACGGUGGUCUUGUAGUAUGAUGUUGAGAGGGGGAGGGCAUGGCUCAUGCCUGCUGGGGAGGUGGAAGUCGUGGGAGGGAGGGAGCCGGUUAGAGCUAGGUUUCUAUAUUAGUAUCCAGAGCAUA